UUAAUCACUCUCCUCUAAAUACAAACUCACAUUGAAACGAAUCAUAAACGUGAUUAAACCAUUCUUGGCCUUCAAAGGAAUCGAUUAUUAUAACAAAACCCUUGUUGUUCUUCCAAGGGCUUAAGCUUUUCAAAGCACAAAAUGGCGUCCAUCAUAUCCCACAAGACCAACCAGCUUCGCUACGCUACUCGCGUUCUCUGCUCACAUCUUCUUCGCCAUGGCAGACCCACCACCACGCUUUCUCACCAUCUCCACUUUUCAUCUCAUCACCCUCACCUGGUUGGGAAUCAAGGUUUUGGUAAUGGGGUUUUGGUGAUGUGUCAGAGGUUUCUAUCUAGUGCUGCUGCUGAUUCUAAUCAAGAAAAACCUGCAUCAGAUAACUCCUCAAAGGAUGAUUCUGGUCAAGGAAAAGAGUCUGGAGGAGAACAGGAUCAGAAAAGUGAUGCUGGGAAAUCUAUCCGCGGAUCGCCUAUUUCAUGGUUGAGCUUUGUUUUGCUGGUUUUAACUGGAGCGGGAGUGGUAUUUUACUAUGACAGAGAAAAGAAACGACAUAUUGAAGACAUAAAUAAUGCUUCAGAGGCAGUGAAGCAUGGACCUUCCGCGGGAAAAGCUGCAAUUGGGGGUCCAUUUCACCUUACCAACCAUCAUGGGAAGCGCGUUACUGAAAAGGACUUCUUGGGAAAGUGGACAGUGAUGUAUUUUGGAUUUACUCACUGCCCAGAUAUCUGCCCUGAUGAACUUCAGAAGUUAGCAGUUGCAGUUGAUAAAAUAAAGGAGAAAUCUGGAAUUGAAAUUGUGCCAGUUUUUAUCUCUGUUGAUCCUGAGAGGGAUACCGUUGAGCAAGUCAGUGAAUACGUCAAAGAAUUUCAUCCAAAGUUAAUUGGAUUAACUGGUAGCUCAGAUGAGAUAAAGAGCGUAGCUCGUGCAUAUCGUGUUUAUUACAUGAAGACAGCAGAAGAGGACUCAGAUUAUCUUGUUGAUCACUCCAUAGUUAUGUACUUGAUGGGGCCUGACAUGAAUUAUGUAAAGUUUUUCGGCAAGAACAAUGAUGCUGACUCACUUGCUGAUGGAAUAGUUAAAGAGAUAAAGCAGUAUAAGAAUUAAUUAUAGCCCCAUUUCUUCUUUGUGCGAACGAAGUUGUCAUUGAUUUUUGCCACUAUGAUAGAAAACUAGAGUAAGUCUAGAUAUACUUCUGAAGGCUCGUUCCUUUUCAGGUGAUUUUGGAGAUUUAACAGUUUUAAGAGGGCAACCUAAUGAUGUCAUUUGUUCAAUUGUUCUGAUUGUACUUGAAUCUCAAUAAUAUAAACCGUUAAAUAUAAUACUAUUUUAGUGAUGGCUUCA